AUGUUGCUGCGGCAGCUGUUCCACUUCGCGCUCUUGGCAACAGCGUGGUACGGUACCAAGUCCGGCUAUCCCGCUGGGUGGUACGACUACAUUGUCGUUGGAUCAGGGCCCGGCGGUGGACCUGUCGCCUGUCGUCUGGCUCGAGCAGGUUUCAACGUGUUGCUGAUCGACGCCGGAGACGAUUCGUCUGCCAACAGCUUCGCUACUACGACUCCUGUCUUUCAACUUCAAGCUACCGAGGAGCCUGAGCAGGAAUGGGACUAUUACGUGAUGCACUAUGCGGAUCAGAGGCAGCAGGCGCGGGACUCCAAGACAUCUUAUGCUUGUCCGGACAAAAUCUACACUGGUCUCGCUCCAUACGCCGGAUGCAGGAUGCUUGGCGUUCUCUAUCCUCGUGCGGGUGCUCUCGGUGGAUGUUCUCAGCAUCAUUCCAUGAUCCACGUCUAUCCUUGGGAAUCCGACUGGGAGCAUAUGGAGAAAAUUACUGGCAACUGGACUUGGGGUCCCAACCCUAUGCGCUCCUACUUUGUCCGGUUGGAACGUAACGAGUAUAUCCCGAGCAGUGUGGCCGGCCAUGGCUACAAAGGUUGGCUGCACCUGAGUCUGACUGCUCUCACACUAGUUCUGGAAGACUUCAAAGUCGCUCAGCUGAUCGUGGCUGCUGCAACAGCGAUGGGAAAGGUAUGUCUGCUCGAUACCGUUACCGGCCUGACCCACAUCUUGAUCACUGACUUGAACGCACCGGGUCGCACCCGAGACGAGGAAGAGAACAUCUUCCAAGUGCCCAUCUCGGUCAACCCUGCAACAUCUAAGCGAGCUGGCGUGCGAGACUUUAUCGUUGACACCGUUCAGCACUAUCCAAAUCUCCACGUCCAGCUCAAUACCUUUGUGACCAAGGUAUUGAUCGAUCACAAGGGCGUUGGCGGUCGACCAAGAGCCUACGGUGUUCAGUAUGAAGUGGGAAAAGCCAUCUACCAAGCUGAUCCAAGAUGGACUGGUGCUCGUGGACAGCCAGGUUACGCUUAUGCCGUGCGAGAGACGAUCAUCUCAGGCGGCACGUUCGAGACUCCGAAGCUCCUCAAGCUCAGCGGCAUCGGUCCAGCGGCAGAACUGCAACAUUUCGGAAUUCCAGUCAUCGUCGACAAUCCAUACGUGGGAACCAAUAUGCAGGAUCGAUACGAGUAUUCGGUCGUUGGUGAGGCUUCGACGUCUUUCGAACUCACGAAGGACUGCACCUUCGGUUACUCCGAGCCAGAUCCGUGCAAGGAGAGAUAUCUCGCCGGCACCAACGCUGCCUCCCGUGGUGUAUAUGCAACCAACGGUCUUGCUUUUGCAGUAACCUUCAAGUCUUCUGUCGCGGAAACUAACGUCCCCGAUGUGUACAUCAGUGGCGCCCCAGCUUACUUCCAAGGAUAUUACAAAGGCUAUGCACGAGAGACAUUCCAAGAUGCUACACAUUGGCUGUACUUGAUCUUGAAAGCGCAGUCGCGGAACAAUGCUGGAACGGUGACUCUCCGAUCGACCAAUCCCCUCGAGAGACCUCAGAUCACCUUCAACUCUUUGGCAAUUGGAGGUGACAAGGAUGUGCAAGCUAUCGUUGAAGCUGUAGCGUUUGCUCGACGCGCCUAUCAUUCGGCACUUCCUCUCUCGUUGGAUACUGUCGUUGAAGUCGACCCAGGCGAGGCGGGAUACCCAGAUGGCUCUGCGGCACUGGCCCAAAACAUCAGAGACCGCACUUGGGGACACCAUGCGUCCUGUUCAUGCGCCAUUGGCCUUGUACUCGACGGCGACUUCCGCGUCAUGGGCGUUGAUGGUCUUCGCGUUGUCGAUGCUUCAGCCUACAACAGGAUCCCUGGUUUCUUCCUCUGCCUCACGACAUACAUUAUCAGCGAAAAGGCGGCCGACGCAAUUCUCGGACAAGGACCCGACCCAUAUUUCACUGUCCCAGACGCGGGAGGCAUGUUCGGUACGCUGGGUCAAGGCUUGACCGCAGGUCUUCUCACCGCUGUCACAGGUGGAGCCCCAGGCUUUGGCACGGAUGCAAAUAUGAAUGGCCUGUUGGGUGACGCCGGCAGUGCUCUGGGUCUUAAUCUCAUCCAAAACACCAACACCAUUCCAGGAGACAAGGCCAAGAGGACGGAGACCACCUUUACGGCGGAAGAGCUCUAGAGCCGCAAUUGUCCGGGAUACGCAUAACUGUCAUUGCUAUUGCAUCGCCCAUCAGGAUCGCGCUGCGCGAGCUGAUGAGUCUCACAAAGUCGAAGCUCCGGGUUCAGUUCCAGUGCUGGCCGGGUAGGAGUGACGGACAUGUUGCUCGCCUUGUAGUGUUGAGAGAAGGUGUGGCCGGCGCGUAUGACUUGUAGCUCCGUGCUUGUGCAUAGAGUCUACUUCGCAUAGCAUUGUAUGGUAUAUUGUUUUAAUGCAGCACAACAAUCAUGCG